AUGUUGGCCAAGAUACGACGCGCGGCGAUACUAAGGGCCGUUCGAAACCGAAACAUUCUGAGCAUCAUGGUGUCGGCGGAAACGCUUGUGCAAGAGCAGCUCGACGAGGCCAAGUUCUUCGUCAAGAACGUGAUUGCUUUGCGAGAUUUCAAGACCCAGCGGGCUGCCCGAAUCAUCCAGGGCGGCUUUCGUCACCGGGCUGAGGUCACCAGACGGUCGGCUGCCAUGAUUGUCCGCGCCACCCGCCGGUGGCUCAUGAGGGGUAGCCUGCGUCGUGCGCGCAUCAGGCGCGGCAUUCGGCGGUAUCGCGGGAGUCUGUCGCGACGAAACCUAGGGCUAAAAGAGACCAGCCCUUUCGCCCUCACGGUGGCGAGGGAGUUCCCUAGAGAGGGGCGUUGGUGGGACUCCGGCCUUCCCGUGGCGCCGCGGCCGAAGUGGGGUACCUUGCGGGUGGAGAACGAGGAGGCGCGGUCGCGGCACCGAGCGCUCAGCCUCGCAGAUCUGAUCAGAACCGGGCAGCAGAAAAGCGAUGACGAUGGCGGUGGUGGGCGUGCGGGCAACGCGCGUGCAAGUAUGGCUCCUGCGGAGGGCGGUGGCGGCGUUGGUGGGACAUCUCCGACGUGGGAAGCGAAGGGGUGGGGGUCCGGCAGCAGCAGCAAGGGUAACGCGAUCGGGAUCGAAGCUACCGGCGGUGGUAGGAGGAACAGAAAUAGUAAUUCUAUGAGGACAGACGCAGGGGGCACGGCGGCGACGAUAGGCAUGGGUUUCAGCAAGGGGGCUUCUGUCCGGAGAGCGGCGUCGAUGGUAGACCCGAGGGAGGCCGAGAAGGCCGCCCUCAUGGACGAGAUCGAGAGGAGACACGCCAGGAGGACUGCCGUCGCUCCGCCCUUCAACACGCUUAGCAUUGUGGAGAAGCACCAGCAAAGGGAGAGGGAGUUUCAGGAGCAGAGGGAGAAACGGAGGGCCGCCGCGGAGAGGGAGACUCGCAGAAAAGAAAAGCAGAGGGCCCGGGAGAUCGCGGAGGCGGCACGUCGGAAAGCGCUGGAGGCGGAGCUUCUCGCCGAGAUGGAGAAAGAGAAGGCCAGGAAACGCCUGGAAAAGAUCCGGGAGUACAAGGAGAAGAAGGCCGCAAGGGAAUUGGCCGAAAAGAAGUCGGCGGCAGCCAAGCGAGAAGAGGAGCGCCGAGCCCAGGCAGCCGAGGAAGCAAAGCGGCUUGCGGCCGAGGCCUCGUUUGAGAGGGAGAGAGCAAACUGGUUGGAGCGGGCGAAACGGAAACCCAGAGCUGAGGAAAAAGCGAAGAGACGGAAGGAUGGGCGGGGGCGGGGGGCGGAGGGAUCGCAAGAUAUGUCGGCAACAGCCCCCGUGCACCACCGGACCAAGAAGCACGCCGCCCCCGACAGGACGCGCCCCGCGCUAGCCUCAAUGACAACGACCACCACCAUCAACACUAACCACCACCGAGGCGGUGGCAGGAAACGUCAAAGAUGGGCCGCGUGCCCCCCCGCGGGGGGCGGCAGCGGCAACCACCAGCCUGGCGGUGUGACCGGCGGCGAGAGUGCUAUCAGCAGCAGCUGCUCAACUCUGCCACGGGUUGAUCGGUCGGUGAGAGUAGCGGCCGGCGUUCGAGACGGCCGGCGAAAAGUGGCGCCGCACGGCGCUACCGUGCCGGCCCUCCCGGUCGUCCCCGGGUACAAGGCCAUGGCGGCCGGGGGGACAGGCUGCGUGGAAAAGAGGAAGAGGCCUCGGCGACGGCCGCCAAAAGGAAACGCUGCCGCCCAGGGAGGAAGGGGCAGGGUAAAGUUAGACGGUGGUGCAACAACUUGCGCAACGGACGUGUAUGACGAGAUCUUGAAUACUAGAAAUGGCACUGCCGAUCCGUUGCCGACGUCUGGGGGCGACGGAGCCGGAAUGGUCCUGAGGAACUCGGGCGGGGAGGUGGGCUUUGGCCUGAGAAAUAGCGUUCUGCAAGAGUCAGUGGCGAACAUCCUACCGGGGGGUCCGCGGGAGCAGCACCAACGUGAGGUGGAGGAAGAAGACGAGGAGGAAGCAGAGGUGGGCCGUGGGAGCGGGCAUCGGAGUUCCUGCCUCGCUGAAGAUGAAUGCCUCUCAACGGAAACCUUGGACUCGGUCUUUGCCGUACCGGAGAGCGGGGUUGGAAGCGGCGGAGGAGGGGGAGAGGCCAAUGCGCCCGAGGGACUGGGAGGCUUGUCGCCGGGGUGGAGCAGUCGCAGCAGUCGGCGAAGCAGCGAGGAGGGCGACACCUCGAGCGGAUUCUUGAGCGACUCGGCGGCGAUCCGCGAAGGGAAGGCCUUGCUGUCCGACGGACCAGUCGGCGGCUGGGGCAAGGCACGCACGGAGGGCGGGGUCACGAGUGCCGCGGCAACGGCGGCAGCUGUUGAGACUGUAGUCGGGGGUAUCAUCACGGAAGCUAGAGAAAGGCACGCUGCAAGUUUCUCGCCUGGUGAGGUCGGAGCAGGGCAGGCCGGUCCUAAACAACAUACGAUCAAGACAACGUCGCCGGCCGCAUUGCCAGAUAACGUUUCCGAUGUGACCGACAACCAGAUGCCCAUCGACCAGCGGCAGCAGGAACAGGAACAGCAACAAAUCGUAGAGGAUGAGCUCACCGCGCAGUCGCCUACAUCCUCGUUAUCUUCUGUGGGUAAUGGCGAAUACGACGUGGCCGAGACAGAAACGGAGAUAGGCGUCGAAUCAGCUGACCUCCUGGAAGGUGGACGGCUGUACACAGCUGAUGAUGACGAACACAAAGAUGUCGGAGGCAGCGGCCUUGGCUCCUUCGAGUCCCAAUGA